UUACUACACAAACAAGACAAUUCUCUUAUUAGCAAAAUUUGUUUCAUUUAGGGGAAUAGUGUAACUUCAAGUAGAAACAAACAUGGGUAUGUUUGUCACAAGGCAUUUCCUGGUUUAGCUGUAUUGGUCAAUUCUCAAAUGUGACCAAGGCCUUAACCACUAUUUGUUUAGAAGUGGCUACUGCUUCCUGGGUCUUUGGUAUUUAGACACCUAAUCUUCCUUCAGAAAAGGAAGCUUUGCAUUAAACACUUUAAAUUAUUUUUAAAAUGGCACAAAUGCAGUCAGCUGCUGUUGGAAAACACCAGCACCACUGCUCUCUUGGUUCUUCUCUUCCAACAGCUCUUUUGGUCUCUAUGACCAUCCUAUAAACCAUUCCACUCAAUGUUAAACAUUCUUGAGAAAGUUAUAUUGACAAACACUUAAAAUAGCAGGUCAAGAUAAUCCCACUAAUUAAUCCUGAAAGAAUUGAGGGUAUAUUGAUAUUGGACGAUUAAAGACAGAUAAGCCAGGAAAACAGCUGAUACUAGUCAGCUGUCUUUGUUUUUUUUCUAAAACAAUAUCAUUUCAUUCUUUGAGAUCACAGUUUAAUUGUCAGUGGUAAAAGCAACAGAUAGAAUGUACUUAGCUUUUUGUGGACUGUUCCACUUCACUUUCACAAGGCAGCACAAUAAGAAGAAACCAGUGGACAAUAUAAAUGUAUUUGUUUAUCAAAUGAAUUAACAACUGUGUCACUGCCAAACCUCAAAGAGCAGCUUUCAAAAUCAAUUGUCACUGAAUGAAACUGUUCAUUGUAAAGUUUCUGCAAAGAUGACACUUGGCCUGACACUAUGUGACAUCUUUGUAUAUGAACUGGAAGUCUGUAUAUGACAACAUCCACAGCAUUUGCAUAGGAGUGUAUAGGGGAGGUAUUUGUAUAGACAUCUUGAUUUAACUGCACUCCACAUAAUCAAAACACAUUUCAAGGUAGACAGAUGCAGAACGUUGUACCUAGGCACAAGAAACGGAGGCUGUUCCUACUGAGCGGAAGAUUGCACCCUUGAAAAUCAUGACUUUUCAAACAGUUUUGGUGGUUGUCAUGGUCUUAUAACAUUAUAUGAGCAUCCACAGUGAUGCUAUGUAAAAAGAGCUACAUGAAAGCCUUAAAAGAUGCAGAGUGGAGAAAACUGAGAAGAAAAGGAGAUUUUAUUUUUGCAUGUGGUACUGGUGAACAGCCACUAGAAAACCAUGUGUAGCCCCAGUGUUCACCUUUUCAAAAAGGCACUGAAAUUCUGACACCAACAGAGAAAACAAGAAGAAUUAGUGCAUUUUUAGACACGUUCUAGAAGAUAUAUUCUCUGUUUAUUUUAUCAGAAAGCAAACUGAGAAGUAACUUGAUUACACUGUGCAAGUACUUUGAUGGGGGGGAAAUGCCUGCACUGUGGGGCUCCUUAAGCCAGCAGGAAAGAACUAGUGUCUAGAAGGUAAAGGCAGACACAAUGAAACAAUAAAUGAAGUACCAGGAUUUAUUUUUUUUAAGUGUGAGUGAUAAACUUCCAGAAAAACUACUACAAAAAAGUGGGGAAAAAAAAAAAAAACACUCAAUUUUUUUGACAUCUUCAGAUAUUCUGGAGACCCUUGAAAAGCUAUGCUUUAGCCAAACACAAGCCAUCAGGCUCUUGCACACAGGUAGGAGAUACAAGGGCCUUGAGUAAAACAUAAUCUUGCUAAUUCAGGAGAACAGGAUUAGUGCAAAGCAAUCCUUUCUCACUUUACAGCUUAGGAACAUAAUUAACCAGACUCUUGGAUCCCAGAAGUCAAUUGAACAGAUACGUAAGUGAGCAUUUGAGAAGUCUGGGCUCACUUUAAACACCGUGUAUGCCAUGCUACAAAACUAGAGAAGGAAGGACAAAAUCUUGUCUUUAUCUUAGUGAUUUUUUUUUUUAAUGUAAGAGCUCCUAAUGCUAUUCAGACUUUGUGGUACAUGUGCAGUGUGGAUUAAGCUGUGAUUAGAAAAAAGAAUGCAUUAUUAAUACUGACAGAAAAUGUAUCACUAGAUUAGAUAAUGAGAUUCAUUCAGAUAAAUAACAAGUGCCAUUUUUGCUUAUAAAUACACUUUUUAUUUUCCUCUGUAUCAUGAGAAAUGAUAUAAUCAGACUUGUAUUUUUCUCUUGGCCACUUCUUUUCAUGGGUAACAUUAUCUGCAUAGAUAAUCUUCCUUAUCUUCACAGAGACCUCUUACUUUCCACGUAGCCUUAGCAGGCUUAGUUCUGUCUUCAUUCUGAGGUCACCAAAAUAAUGACUGGUUGCUGCGGGACUGGACUGACCAUCAAGAAUCUAAGAAAUAUAUUACAUAAGAUACUAUAAAAACAAUAAUUAAUUCCCAUCUACCAAAGGAAUCAAACUGCAAAUGGACAAGGCUGCAAACAGCACGAAGCAAACUUGACACAAAACAGAUAUUUCACUGUGUACAAACAAUAGCUCUUGGCUGAUAAACGAAAGAAGUUUUAAGGUUGUUUGUACCACCAUGAGAUCAGGUCUUGCAGAAUCACAGGUCUCCAUCAAAUUACUGGAGAUUUUCUGAUGGCAGGUUAAGGGAUUGUGACAGAGAGUUGUGAGAUGUUGUUUACUAACAGCCAAUAGAGUAAUUUUGUUCUAGAUCUCUGUUCUCUAGUCCUGAUAAAAACUGUGUAAUCCUCCACGUCCCUAAGAAAGCUUCUGUCUGUGUUGGAAAGGAAAUGAUAAAAGAGUAUAAUUAAGCAAUGAUGACCCUUAAGUGAAAUGUGGAUUCUUUACAAUAUACAAUGUUCUUCCCACCAGCCAUAUGUGUUUGUCAGAUGUUUACAGAAUCUUCAUUAACUAAGAGCUUUGCUAGAUAACAGAAGCUGAAGCAUGGCAUCAAUGACUCAGAUAAGGGCAAGUGUACAACCAAUCUGCUUGACAACUGACAAGAGGCUGGGGUUUGAAGCAGACUGCGAAAAGAACACAAGAAAGUUAUUUGCAAAGGGCAUUCCAGUUGUUUGCCUUUCAUCUCCUUUUCUCUCUCUGUAAUGGUACAACAUUUUUAAUCAGCUAAAAUACCCCUGUCCUCUCGUCUCUCCAUCAGGAAGUAAAUAUAUAAGAAAUGCAUUAUUUUGGAGUAUUAGCUGCAUUGUCUGUUUUCAAUAUCAUUGCCUGUCUGACAAGAGGCAAGCCUUUGGAAAACUGGGACAAGUUAUCAGCUAUGGGAAAGUCUGACGCACCCUUUCAUGAUCCUGGGGAAGUGGAAGAUGAGACCCAUUUUGACUUUAAAUCUUUCCUGGAGAAUAUGAAGACGGAUUUACUAAGGAGCUUGAAUUUAUCAAGGGUCCCCUCACAAGUGAAGACCAAGGAAGAACCACCACAGUUCAUGAUUGAUUUAUACAACAGAUAUACUGCGGACAAGUCCUCCAUCCCCGCAUCCAACAUUGUGAGGAGCUUCAGUACUGAAGAUGUUGUUUCUUUAGCUUCACCAGAAGAAAAUCCAUUUCAGAAACACAUCUUGCUCUUCAACAUUUCUAUUCCACGAUAUGAGGAAAUCACCAGAGCUGAACUGAGAAUUUUUAUCUCCUGUCACAGGGAAGUUGGGUCUCUGUCUAGAUUGGAAGGCAACAUGGUCAUUUAUGAUGUUCUAGAUGGAGACCACUGGGAAAACCCAGAAAGCACAAAAUCUUUCCUCGUCUCCCACAAUAUCCAGGAGUGUGGCUGGGAGAUGUUUGAAGUAUCCAGCGCUGUGAAAAGAUGGGUCAGGGCAGACAAACUGAAGACUAAAAACAAGCUAGAGGUUGUUAUAGAGAGUAAGGCUCUGGGUGGUUUCACUUGUGGGAAGCUGGAUAUCAGUCUUACUCCUGACAAAAAAAAUCUGCCCUUGUUAAUAGUGUUCUCCAAUGACCGCAGCAAUGGGACAAAAGAGACCAAAGUGGAGCUCCGGGAGAUGAUUGUUCAUGAACAAGAAAAUGUACUAAAUAAAUUAGGAAAGAACAACACUUCGUCUGAAGAAGAAGAACCACGAGAGGGAAAGGCCAUCACUGGGCCCCACCGGCAUUCCUCCAGAAGCAAGAGAAGCAUCGGAGCCAACCACUGCCGGAGAACUUCCCUCCAUGUGAACUUUGAGGAGAUUGGCUGGGAUUCCUGGAUCAUCGCUCCCAAAGACUACGAGGCUUUUGAGUGCAAAGGAGGUUGCUUCUUCCCUCUGACAGAUAACGUUACCCCAACAAAACAUGCUAUUGUCCAAACUCUGGUGCACCUCCAAAACCCAAAGAAAGCUUCUAAGGCCUGCUGUGUUCCAACCAAAUUGGAUUCCAUCUCCAUUCUGUAUAAGGAUGAUGCUGGUGUGCCCACGCUGAUAUAUAACUACGAAGGGAUGAAAGUGGCGGAAUGUGGCUGCAGGUAGUAUACAAGGCAGAAGCUCUAAGAAUAAACCCCUUUCUGCUCUCUGUAAAUCUGUACACUAGUAAUGCAAAUGAAAAUCCUUGCAAACAAGGUUUGGAGCACAGCAUUGGGCUAGCUGUUGGUGCAGCUUCUUUUAAAGGAAAGCUGGCAAUUAAAAAAUGGCAAUCAAUGUAAAUAGUCUGCAUUAUGUAUCAUGAAUUAAAAUUUUGUGAGAUUGAAAGAACCAUGCAUUAUUUCUAACAGUAAUAUAAUCUGAAUACCUUAUUUGAACUUUUCUCUUAAAUCAGUUCAGUUCAGGUCACAAACCAAAGCAUCCUCAAAGCAGCCUAUGGGAUUGAGGAUGUCCUGUACACAUUUAAUAGAUACAGAAAUAUAACUCUGUCAUCCAACUCUGACAUUUUCAACUUUUGUAAAACUCAGUGAACUGAAUUUGGUCUGCAUGGUAAAGUCAGGAGUCUAAAUUCUGCAAGCCUUUUCUCAUGUCAGUAAUCUCAGAGGCUUUCACAGAUCAUUUUAAUACAAAUUAUUUACUCCUCUAGUGAAGUUUUGCAAUUUCCAAAACAGACGAGACUCUCCAUCUUGUCUCAUUCACAAGUUUCCUUCUGUGGGUAGCAGGUGCCUUGGUUUCAUCUUUCUUAUCCUCAAUGUCCCUAUUUUUACCCCUUUAUGGCACAUACUUGAAUGAUAAGAAGCACAGCCUUCCGCUUCUAAGACACUGUUUCCUAGGAGGAACAGCAGCCCUUAUCUCUGCACAAAGAUAAGGAGCCACUUUGACCUACUGCAUAUUCUUAGUAUUUCUUUGCAAGAACAUGCAGUCAAACAAUGUCCAAUCUUAGGAUCUGUAUCCUAACAACAGUGGGGGUUGGCAGUGCUCAGCACUUGUGAAAAGAACUCAUUUUUAAGGGUCUAAAUAAUUUCUUUGGAGUCUGUGUUUCUUUUUCUUUAUUUCUUCUUGGGAGAAACUCUAUUUUGCAUACAAAAAAUCUUUCACGCCUUAGAACUGGGAUCAAUUGAAAAUUCCUGUCUACGUUCUGGGACACAUGCUAUUGCAUGAGAUAAAUACACUACCAUGCAAUGGUCCUCCUGACUUCACUUGUAUUUUCACUAAACAAGAAUCGCAUCUUUCCUGCAACUAAAGAAAACUUCCUUUGAUUUUAGUGAAGGUUUCGCCCAUACAAGAAAAGACAGUGUCUUGUGUUGUUUUCAGGUGCUAGUUUUAAGUGCUGUACAAAGCUGUCAUGGACCAGCUCACUUCUAUCACUCCACCUUCCACCAAAAAAAAAAAAAAUCUAUCAGAGAACAUUUUUGAUUCAAACUCAUAGCAAACUAUAUGUCUGUACAAAAUAUAGAAUAUUGUCUGAACAGAAGCUUAACGUAUGGAAGCAACAUGAUUUAAAUGAAUACAUAUGUUUUAAAUUAAGGCAGCCUGUGGGCAAGACGAAUUCAUUUGGCAUGAACAGCUCAGUUUGAAAUCUAAUAUGCAGUUUAUUUACUAUUGUUAACUUAAUACAGAGAAAAUAGCAGGUGAGUGUGAGCAGGAUGGUUGUAAUUCCAUCAAGAACUGAUGGUUAUAUCACAGACCAUGAGCACAAAGCACGAUUCAUCAGAAUCCUGGGACUGAUUUAUAGCCUUCUUCAUUAGAACUGGGCUGCAAUUGGAUCAGAUCUCAGGUCUGGGUCUAAGCAAACUCCAUCCAUCCAUAGAUGCAUGUCAUUAAGCUCUUAGGUUUCCUGUGACAUCCUCUCAUUUUACCACUCCCCACCGGCUUCUGUCAUCUUACAGUUGUUACGUCUUAUUCCUUUCAGAACCCCCUGUAUUCUCUCCCUGUUUUGCUGAUGUCUCCUAAGCUCAUGACAUUUUGUACAACUUCCCUUCUUAAAGUAAAACAAACCACCGAACAAGAAUUUGGUGUGAACACAUUAGAAAACUUAUUCACCCAUGUGCUACGGUAAUUGCAACUGUGUGCUGCUCUUAAGUCAUCUAAACACAAGGUCCUUGUUAUAAUUCCAAGUUUACUGAAUACAGGACUUCAUCCAUAAUCAAAUGAAAUAGUAGGGAAGGAGAAAGACCAGUUCCCACAGAGAGAAAUUCUCAACAAUCAAUUAUUCUUUUUUUUUUUUUUCACACUCUCAAAUCAAAUAUCAAUCUUUGUUUUCCAAAAUUACUUGAAGAAAAAAUAAAAAUAAAAA